CCGAGGAGUACGGCAUACGGUUGAAAGAGCCGGUAAGGAGCAGACUUUAUAAACUCUUCACCUGCAAGGCCGAUCGGAUUGGACAAUGAAAGCACCACUCUCCAAUAGUUGGACCUCCCACGGUGUUGGCCGUACUCGUUCUUCGGGCGACAGUGAGUGGUAUGAAGUCGAGGGAAUUACCGGCGAAAGGGGCCGCAAAUACCGUGUUAAGUGGAAGGGGACUGAUCCAAAGACCGGAAAGCCAUGGCCACAACAGUGGGUCGUCAAAUCCGAGGUUACUAGCGAUGCCGUACUAGAAUGGAAGGAAAGGAGAAGGAGGAAGGCGAAGCGAAGAAAGAAUGGCCCCAGGAGUUCUCUCAAGGGUCAUGAUCAAAAGCUGUUUCGGAAGGAAGCCACUCACGUGACCCCACAGCAGAGUACCUCUGACACUCCCGUCCUCUCUGACGAUGACGACGAUCACGCAGCGGACGGAAGAGCGAAACGCGCUCGGCUCUCAGCCACACCCCCGGCCUCUGAAAAUCGCGUCGAACUUGAUUCUAUUACUCAAACUUCGGACUACAGGCCUACACAAUCGUUCGCGCGGUCCUCGCAAGAUCCUUCAUCGCCGUUUCCCCGCAGACUCCUCCGCGAGAGCUCCAUCCCGUUCUCCCACCCAUCAGUCUGUACUACAAGCGUACCGGCUGCCUCGAAUCCGCCACCGCGGCGCAAGUCGUUCUCUGUUCUCAUCGAGCGGCCGCAAGGGUUCGACCCCACCCAGUACUAUCGCCUGUCGUGUACCGACCUUGUUCCUUCCACACAGACGGACUCUUCCAACCCAAGCACGCCGUUCACAGCGGAAGCUACCCAGAGGAGCGUAGUCAUCCCUGAUUCCCAGGACUUCUACGACCAGCCGGACUUUUCUACCUUUAUUACUUCAUCACAGGAGAUCGUAUCGCAGGAGAAGCAGGGGGCGGUGACCUUUACUUCUGUGAUUGAGGUUCCGAGUGAUUGGGAAUCGUCCCUGGAUGAACUUGUAGGUGAGCACGCACAGAACGUCUCCGAUUCGGUUCAGCCGCAGGGUCCAGCGGAGCCGCCAACGUCGUCCGAGCCGCCACCCGCGUUACUACAGACAACAACCAACUCGGCCUUUGAGAACCACACCCCACUCGCCGAAGCUACGUUCCGGACACCACCGCCGCUGGAGCCAGAGACUACUCACGCUCUCGACACACAGGACGAGAAGCUUGAGGCAUCACAGGAGGCGCAGCGAAUAGCGAAUCUAGAGCUAGAUCUACCUCUAGGUGGGCUGUCGCAGUGUUCACUGGGUGACGAUAGCUUUGAUCUCGACCUGCCGCAAGGCUUAGAUCUAUCAUAUCCUUCCUGGGACAAGGGACCGGUUGCAGUGGGCACUUCCGGGGGAGAGGUUUCAAAGGAAGCAUAUCAGGAGGUCACGGGACUACGGAUCACUGGUGUUGAAGAGUCGCCGUACUCGCAGGAGAAGCUGAAUCUUUCUUCUGAGGAACCAAAGGACCCCCAGCAUCAGGCUUCUCCACGACGCACGACGACAUCGCCGGUCCCGAAAACAAAAUCUAGGAGGAGGCAACUGCUUGGAGAGGCAUCUUUCCAAGACUGGUUCCGAAUCGAAAGAAACCGUCAACGCGGAUUCUCAGAACCACCAACAGCCGUGGCUCAAUCACAGCAGACCGAAGGGUUUGACUUCCCGCUCGACGCGUACUCAGAAUUCACCGAUCAAGACUUCCCAUUGCCUCUCACACACUCCGCAAGAAUGUUACCAGCACCGGACCCGCAAAUGGCGCGCAAAUGGAGCUCGUUGCGUGAAAUGCUGGCUGCAAAACGGAAAGAAAGGGACGAAGACAUGGUGCGCAGAAGGGCUAGUGGUGGCAGAGAUCACUCUGCUGGUGCACCGGCAAUUCCAAGAGGGUCCGCGACAAUAAACACCCAAAAAUCGACUUCUGCUGCGCGAAUAAAAGCGGUCAAACAGGAGAUGAAAACGGAACCCAGAUCAACCCAAUCGCAGUUCCAUGCACCACACCUCGGACCGGCGGAAUACGCGAUCCCUCUACCCUUAGGCACCACGGCACCUACGCCCGAUGGUAUCAGCCAAAAGUCACUCUAUGUACGUGAAAUCGUCAACAAGUAUGCGGAAAUCGAGGCAUACCUCGAGCAUCGAGGAGAUGAUGCAAAGAAUGUUGCUUUCGACGUAGCCAAACGCUGUGCGAGGAUUGCCACUCAUCCCCACAUUGUCUACCCGAUUCCACUCGAUAGUGAGGACACGAAGAAGGGGGCAGAUUUCCUCGCUGUCAUGAGUGCCAAAUUCCGUUUCCUCAUGGAUCUUUUCGCCGUCAUCCUUGACGAAACCAUCAAGGUUGGGAUCGUGGCGGAGGCUCCAGAUAUGAUCGAUAUGCUGGAGGUUUUCUUUCGCGGCCUAAAGAUCUCCCACAAGCGGUUGGACCGGCUCAGUAGUCAUAAACCACUACCAGAUAAUGAGAUCAAGGGGUGUAUACAAGUGUACUUGAUCCCUUCGUCUCGUGGGAGCGGUAUAGUCGGGACUACGUGCCACAUGCUGAUCGCAAUGGACGCUACAUUCGACCCUCUCGCCAAAGAAGUGACACAAAUUCGCCAGGACCUGUAUGAUCCUAAGAAGCUCGCACCUGUCCUCCGUCUAAUCACCGUCAACACCAUCGAGCACGCCAUGUUGUGUAUCCCCCCUGAUCCAGCCCUAUUCGUGUAUGGCAGCGUCGAGGCUAUCAAGCUUCUUAGACACGAAGCUGGUAUGGUGGAUCCUACCUAUGCGGCUGCGAUUGGUGAUGCUCCUGCAAAGGCGGCAGCGUGGAUCAAAGGGAAAUGGCAGGGCGAGUUUGGAAUUCCUCCAUUACCGGAGCUUCCACUGUACGAUACCGUCGCACUUACUCAGACGCAGACGCAGCAAGGAGGGGAUGAGCAUGGUGAUAAACGGAAGCGAAAGGAUUCGCCCUCGCAGAUACAGGAUAUUAGUGAGUCCGAGCUCAAGAAGAGGAAGCUUCAGUUAUCACCUGCAGGCGUGGGGGAUGUCACACAUGUUAGCAAUACGAUGCCGAGUCAGAGUCCGAGUCAGAGUCAGAGUCAGGACUAUGCGACCCGUCCAGGUGCUCCCGGCCGCCAAGUGGACGACGGAGGAGAGGAGCCCAUGAUCAUUGACGAUAGCGAGACGGAGAGUGAACCGGAGCCAGAACUGGCGUACAAGAAAUAUGCGAGGCCUGUGCAGCCCAUCGGGGGUGAUACGCCUUUCGAACAGAUGACCCAAGAGGAAUUGAUCGAAGAGAUCAAGACAAAAACUGUCGACCUGAAGAGUUGGAUGGACUGUCAAAACCGCCUGCAAACCAACUGGGAAGAGCAACGCGAAACGAUCCGCAAGUUGAAGCUCCAGGCAACCGAGAGCGAACAUGCGCACGAGCGAGAACUCAAGCAGAUCAAGACCAAGCUUGAGCGAGCCCUUGCCGACAUCGACAAGUACAAAGCCCAGAUUCAAGGCCUCGAAGACCAACUAUCGCAAACCGACGCGCUCCUUCUGAGGGACUCACCUCUCGCGCACAAUAUGCUCGUCGCUAACGUCGACCUCACCAAGCAAGUCGCCCACCUCACGCGCAAGCUUGAAAGCACCGAGCGGGUCGCCGCCUUCGCGGGCGAGCAAUACCAGGCCGCCUCCAAUGCGUCCUUCGAAAUGCGCAACGAAGUCAAGGCGCUCGAAGAAGCGAACGUCGACCUCCAGCGCCGCGCGGACGAUAAUGUCGUCAAGGUCCGUGAGGCAUUUCGUGAUACCCAAGUGCACGACCGCGAUAGACGGAUCCAGGAGUUGCGGACCCAGCUUACGCAGCGCGAUAUCGAGAUCAAGCGCCUGCAGGAGAAGGUCAAAGAUGCCGAAACGCCACAGCCGAAGCGCGGUGUGCCCAGACGAGUUGCUGGUGCUGGUGCGAGUCCCGCUGGGAGCAGGAGCAGUAGUCCGAGUGUUAGGAAAUAACACCUAGACCGUGUCGUGCUGGCCACUCUACUUACAUGGGGGGAGUUGGGGGGUUUUUUUUUGCGUGAUUUUGAAAUGCUUCUUCGACCUACCAUAACUCUUUAGUUUCUUUACAUCUUUCCUAUCUUUUACUUCUUGGGGUUUGGGCGUGUCGGUCUUGGUUUUUUCUUGUGCUUUCUGUUUCAUUGAUUUUUCACGCGGGUGUCAUGGUUGUCCUGUACAUAGAAUGGUCUAGCUGAAGCCUGACCUGGCCAUACCUAUCGGCUGUUCCUGUCAAUCUGAAUUCUGCACCACGUGGUGUCACUCAUAUACAGC